GUGAGAGACAGACAGACAGUAUCAGCUGGUGGGUGUACAGUAAACAAGGAGUCUCUGUCAGCCCUUCAACAUGUUCUUUAAUGACCCCAAUGAUGACGAUGACGAGGACUUCACCCCGGCCUCAACACCAAGUUCCAGAUUAUCCUCAUUAUUUGGUGGCAAGUCCGACAAGCCCUCCAACCUGAAGUACGUGGCACCGAAGCAGCCUCGAGCGGACUCUACGGACUCAGUUGACAGUACCAAGGCCAAGAGUACCGGCACAGCAUCCCCAUCACAGCAGAGUACACCACAGGCCCCAACAGUCCUGAUUGCCGCUCGUGUUCAUGUGUAUUUAUAUGUGAACGGUGCGGCACAGUCUCAGGGUCGAGCCAUGUGCUGCAUCGUGGGCAACUGUGUGGAGAAGAAUUUCCAGUUGUUGAUCUAUCGUUCUAAGCAGGAUCACCUCACUCGGGCCAGGAUACAUCAGCACUUUGUCUUUACUGUACAGCCAAAUAACUACGGGAGCUUCACCGACGACCAACAGAGGAAUUGGUCCAUCAUGCUCGAGGGGGCCCAGUACGUGGAGUUUGUUACGCAGAUUGGAGUUUGUCGAGCACUGGCGGGGCUGGGUAUGGGUGGUGGCGGUGCUCAGGUGAUACAGGAUGUGACUGCGGGUGAAGGACCGUCAUUACGAGAGGGAGACCAAACUCAAGUGGUGGUGUCCAUGUGGAGCGUCAUGAAUGGGAAGAAGAAUCAAGAGAUUGAGGAACCUAAGGCCGGCCAUCGUAUCAAGCUAAAAGAUGUUGCUGGCACCUGGGAGGGAGGAGUGAUGGGUGCACAAAAAAAUACUCGACGUUUUAUCUUCGUGCACCAAGCUAAGGGUGGUGAUGGUCUGUUGAUGUACGACGUGACGGUAGAACGCGUCAAACUACGGGGAGGGGACCAAUCGGGAAGAAGCACCCCGCACGUGGACACUCAACAGGCGCAACGGGAGGAAAAGAACUCCAUUGGAUCGGGAAGUUUAGAGCACUUGCCCCAAGAUCCAGGUGGACAGGUGAAAGACGACGUCGGCUCGUCGACCAAGGCUUCCCUCGUCUCCCGUAUGGCGCGGGUCGGCCAGCCUUUACUUCCCUCUAGACCGGCCACGAGCCGUUCGCUGGCAACUGACUCAGAAAGUGAGGUGGAAGAAAUCUCCCGACGAAAGAACACGAGACGUCACAGCGACUCAAUGUCCGGGUCGAUGGAGGAGUUAGAGGCGACUCCUGCGGUAAGAUCGAGAGCCCCGUCGACGCGCUCUGACUCCCGGAGACCUGAGCCGGCCCCUCGACCUGCUCACCUCUCUGCUCAUCCACAGCAGCUGGUGGUAUAUCAGUCAUCUCCGUGGCAACAACAGACCAUGGUGGCUCCUCCGGGAUACUCACCAAUGGCGGCAGCAGCUCCAGUUGCACCACAGGUCACUCCUCCAGCCUCUGACCCAACUCUCUCUCUCUUGUUCUCCGAGACAAGAUCACAGAACACCGAGCUGAAAAUAUCCGUGUCCAAGAUGUCGGAUAAGAUUGACUGUCUCGUGGGCAAGAUCGAGAAGCUGGAGCAACAACAAGGUAGCGGCAGCGCAUUCCAGUCUGCCGUCGUGCCUUCCAGAAUGGCGCCCUACUACCAAGAUCAGUUCGCACACAACUCGGCUCUAGGCGUGGAUCCUCACGGUCUCCUGACGCACAUCACAACGAUCGUCAGCGACAACGACGAAAUGAAAACAAGAUUAGGGGAUAAGGAGACAGCGAUUGCCUCUCUUAAUGCAUCAGUGACUCAGUUGCUUCAGAAGAAUCAAAAGUUAUUGGAAGAGAAGACAGACAUGCUGAUAGCAAAACAACAAGAAGCAGGUACCAGCAUCAGUCUAUCAGAGGUCCUGAGUCUGAGAGAGGAGAAAUCUUCAAUCACUGCCCAGCUCUCCAUAACCCAGCAGCAGUUGAAGUCUUUACAGGAUGAGUUGUCUCAGUCCCAGAGGAGCGUAGAGACCCAGAGAAACGAGAUCCAGGGCUUAAAAUCUCACAUCCAAGUCGAGGAGAGGAGACGAGCGGAGCAGAACACAGCGCAGCAGCAGGAGUUAGUUAAAGAGGUGGACGAACUGAGAGAGGAACUCAAAACACUACGGGGGGAGAACGAUAACGUGAAGAGCCGACUCACCGCUGCCGAGGGGAGUAAACAAACGCUGCGGCAAGAGUUGUCAGUUACGACCGAGGGGAAGACAUCGGCAGAGGAACAGCUGUGUGAUGCUCGAGUUGAAGCCGAGAGACUAAAGGGUCUGGUUCAGGUGGCUGAAGCAACGGUUAAAUCACUGAAGCAGCAGGUGGGGGAAGAGUUAGCAAAAGACAAAGAGCACAGCAGUGGACAAGAGGAUGUUCUUCACACACAGGCAGCCCAGAUUAAGGAGCUGAAGCAGGAAAUUCAACAGCUACAAAACAGCUGCUCUGAGUUGGAGAAGCAGAGAAGCCAGAACAACAGUGAACUUGAGGUACAAGUGCAGAAGCUAAUAGCCGAGAAGAUCUUGCUAGAGGAGACCGUCCAUCGUAUGAAGAACAGCAGCAGUAGUCCCCAACAAGUGGUAGACACGGUGAAGAAAGUCAUGAACACAGUCUUCCGCACCCUGAAGCCACAGUUCACCGGCGACGAGAUGUAUCCGGGAGCCGAAGUUCUACGUAUCAUGCUCGGUGUCAUCAGGGACACAACACUGCAGAUCGUAGAGGAGCUUCUGAAGAAGGAAUCCACAGCAAACAACUCCACAGCAGACAACUCCACAGUAGACAACUCCACAGUAGACAACUCCACAGCAAACAACUCCACAGUAGACAACUCCACAGCCUCACAGGACAAGAUGAACAGUGAAACAACAAUAACUUCAGGUACAAAAGAGCAAACAAUAAAAUACAACCAGAAAAACACAAACAGUUUAUCCGAUGAUGUGAAGAUAAGUUGUGUGGGUGAAGAUAAUCCUAACUUAAAUAAAGGACCAUCAGAGGGAGUAGGGAUGAGAGAAGGAGAAGCUGGUGUUGAAAAUGAAGGAAAAUCUACACCUGGGAUGAAUUCAGGUGAGGGUGUGUGUGUCGGAGGAGGCGGAGGAGAGAAGUCAUUUAGUGAGGCAGAGAGCAAGGGUGAAGGUUCCCAGUGUAUAAGUCAGUCCACAGAACCCAUUCUUGUCAACAGCUGUCCUCAAAUGUUAGUCAGUAAUUUUGAUAUUAAUAAUGAUGAAGAGUUGGACCCUCCCAGUAGGUUAGGGACACAGCAGGAGGAGAGUGAGGCUGCUGGAGGUAUUCAAGUUAAAGAGAAUGAAGAAGAACCAGUGAAGUCUACAGAAGGCAAAGAUAAAGACCACAAAGUUCCUGUUAUUGAUAUGGAUAAUACUGAAGUAAGGAUGAAAGGCCCUGAAAAGUCUGACAGUUCAAGGGAUUCCUCCAUGGAGAGGGAGUGGAGACCGAGGCCCCCAACACCUCCCCUGUUUAGUGAUGAAGAUGAUGACAACGACGAUUGGCUCUCCUGAUUGUGAAUUGUGGGAUUGAUAGUGAUUGUGUGAAAUUCUCCUUUAACCCUUUGAGUGCUGGUGGGUUAAAUUGUCGUCUUCGAAGGGUUAAAUUGUCGUCAUCAAAGGGUUAAUUCUACCUUAAAGGGUUAAGCCAUCAUCCUCAAAGGGUUAAAUCCACCUUAAAGGGUUAAACGAUCAUCCUCAAGGGGUUAAAUCCACC